AUGGCGGACGAUAUGGCGAGUCGUUACCAGAUGAUGGAGGAGCUGGGAAGUGGUAGCUUUGGCGUUGUCUACAAAGCGAUUGAUAAAGCCAACGGAGAAAUCGUCGCAAUCAAACAUAUCGACCUCGAGUCCAGCGAAGACGAUAUCGCGGAGAUCCAGCAAGAGAUUUCCGUUCUGGCUACCUGCGCCAGCGCAUUUGUUACACAAUACAAGGCCAGUUUCUUAAAAGGUCACAAGCUAUGGAUCGUUAUGGAAUAUUUGGGCGGAGGAUCGUGUCUUGACCUGUUGAAACCAGGGGUUUUCAACGAAGCGCAUGUAUCGAUCGUCUGUCAACAACUGCUACAAGGUCUCGACUAUCUACACACCGAGGGCAAGAUACACCGUGAUGUCAAGGCCGCCAAUGUCCUCCUCUCGAACACCGGAAAAGUGAAGCUAGCCGAUUUCGGUGUCGCGGCACAGCUAGUCAACAUCAAAUCUCAACGCAAUACAUUCGUCGGCACACCAUUCUGGAUGGCGCCGGAAGUUAUCCAGCAGGCUGGUUAUGACUUCAAGGCGGAUAUAUGGUCGCUGGGCAUCACUGCCAUUGAGAUGAUCAAUGGCGAACCCCCGCAUGCCAGCACGCACCCGAUGAAAGUACUUUUCCUCAUCCCGAAGAACCCUGCACCACGACUUGAGGGACCGGAAUAUAGCAGCACUUUCAAGGAUUUCAUCGCACAGUGCCUGACAAAGGAUCCGGAGCGCCGACCUAGCGCGAAAGAGCUGCUGAAACACAAGUUCAUUCGUAAUGCUGGCAAGACGGAAGCUCUUCAGGAAUUGAUUCAACGCAAGCAGGAGUGGGAUGGUGGCCGAGGCCUUACCAAAGAUGUCAAGUACUACGCCGAGACUCUCACCACCCUCAACAGGGGCGCUAUGGAAGAUGAGGAUGAUUGGGUUUUCGACACUGUCAAGGCCCCAACGAUGCGAACCCCAAGCAAGAACCCCAGCAUGUGGGUGCCCGCCGGCACCGACUGGACCACUCUCGACGAAGAAGAGAGCGACCCCGACCCAGCUCAGCUGAUGGAGGACAUGCACAUAUCCCCGUCGCCUCAGCCACCGCAGCCACCGAAGCAUCAAGCGAACUCGACCGUCCGACGCACACCCGGUUACGAAAGAUCUCCUUCUAUUCGACGAGCCAAUACCAAGCGACGUUCCAGUGGUGUAAAACAACCAUUGGGAUUGGAUUUGAGCUUUGGCAACAGUCCUUCGACUGUGCGCCACUUCCGCCGUGUAUCGGACCGUGUGUCUUCUACUGAAGUUCCACCCCAAAAGGGCUCAAGCGUCUUUGACGAGAACUCCAGCCCGAAAGUGGUCUCUAGCGAUAGCCCGAGCAAAGAAGCCCAGCUAGGGCGACGGGCUUAUGCUAAAGCGAUUGGUCACUCCUGUCAGGAAGUUCUUUCAACAACAGGCGAUGGCGAGAAGCGCGAUGCUAUUUCCCGCUUGGCCGAGGCCUGGAGCGACCUGGAAAUGGUCGACCCUGAGGGUCUUUACCACAUCGUCCGGAUCAUGAACGAGAAAUUCUCAGCAGAUCAUCGUCUCUCCAACUUGGUCCCAUCAUCGCCACAGCCGGACUCUCCUGGCCGCCCCCGCCUCGUUCUCGCACAAAACAACCCCCAUCUUAAAAGUCACCGUCGCCGUCAAUCGACAACGGAGCCUCCUCCCCAAUCACCCUUGUCCAAUCUUCCUGGCCAACAAGUGCCCGGAAUGGAGCACACAAAACAGCUCUCCGAUGUACUCCACCAGCGAUGGGCCGAUGGACUUCGCAACCGAUGGGGCUUUUAA